AUUUUUUUUGCUCGGAAUUUGUAAGAAAAAAAAAAACAGACACACACACAGUGGGGUUAACUGUGAAUUGAGGACUACAUGGGUCGUUAUGUUUUGUCGGAAUACAGCCGAACAUUACGCGGAUUAGUGAAAGAGGGACCGAAGCGACGGCUGGAUAAAGUGUGGAGCGGGAACGGGACAUCCCUCUGUCUUUUGUGGGACACUCCAGAAACAAGCUCUUCAUCUAAAACCACCAUUCUGAUGUGAUCCGAACAAACAAAUCUAGUGGAUUCGUCCUGAAAGUUUUGGGAAAUUCUAGGGAGCUUGGAGUCAGGUUUUACGGGAACUUUGCUUCUCACCCACCAGCAUGAACAUUGGACAACAGAUACUGUAGCCGAAACGGAUCUUGGCUUUCCAAAGAUGACAAGGUGCUGGCAACCUGCAGCUUCAAAAUGAUGGGAGGCAGUGAGACUGUCAGUGGAAACAAGGAUGGGGUCCACACCACUGCAAUCCAUGUUCCCAUUGGCUGGCAUAGGAGAGUGGAAGGAGGGCAGGUGAUCUAUGUCAGUCCCAGUGGCACUGCCCUGUCCACAUUGGAUGAGGUCAAGACCUACCUAUUGAAUGAUGGUACCUGCAAAUGCGGUCUGGAGUGCCCGCUUAUCAUUCACAAGGUUUUCAACUUCAAUGUGGGCGUGAAGGUGGAACAGCCACUGGGUAAAGCAGAACAGGACAUGACCAAACUGUGCAACCACCGCAGGAAAGUGGUGGCGAUGGCUGCUCUGUGUCGAAGUAUGCAGGCCUCACAGCUUCCAUUUGCCAACUUCCAUCAUCCAGAUGUGAGUCGAGGGGACAGUAGAGAUCCACAGAAGGAACCUGCAGAGCGCAAAGAAAAAGACCGUGGGAUUUAUUACCCUAAACUCCAUUUAGUCUCAACUCAAGUGCACAACAACCUCCACCCAAAUCCCUCUGCCAGCCCUAAAUCCCCCCACCACUUCAUUUACCCCUACAAUGGUUCCUCUCCUGUAACCCAUGCAAGCAUAAAUUCUAACCAUUCCCUAGAUACUUUAAGAAGACUUCACCAUUAUCCUCUUUCAGUAUCUUCUGCUUCCCCAAGCUCUUCGUUUUCUGUUCCCAAUACUGCCCAGAGGUCAAAUCACACCCACAGCUCUCCCAUCAUCAGUCAAGGUCAAAAAACGCCCCAAACCCCAGAGACUCCUAGCUCUCCUCGGCUAACACCCCUGUCAUCGCCACCCCCUUCUUCCCCCAUCACCCUUAGUGGAGGAAAAAGAGGAGCACAAACUCAUACCCAUCCUCCCCUUUCUCCGUCUCCCUCCUUCUCCCCCUCUGUCCAUACCAUGUGUGUGUCCUCUCACCAGCGAACCCGUCAUCUGUCAGCCUCUCCUUCCUCUCUGUCUGAGCAGGGAGGAAGCUCAACAGUCGCGGAAGGAGGGGGACUGAUGGGAAGUAACGUGUCUAAAAGGAGGAAGUCUGCUUCUUCCUCUCCACACUCCCCAGUUUCCAGCAGCUCCCCUAACCCCGGCCCCCACUUCCCCAAGUACAAGCUGGAGGACAUCUUAGAACAGUUCAAGAACUCAGGCAGCAGCAGCACUAAUAAUCACCACCUCCCAAACUCUGCUAAUCUCUCCUUACUGACCAACCAAAGCAGUAGUCACCCUCACGCUGUCUCCUCAAAGUCCUCUAAGAGCACCAUGAGUCCCACUGCCAGUGCAGGCCCACCAGGUUUUGGGUUGAACUCUACAGGGCCUUCUAGUUUAACUCUGGGGCCAUUGAUGACCCAUCACUAUGGCCAUCAGGGAAAGCUCCCACACCCCGUCUCUUUCCCUGCUAGUAGCUUGCUUUCUGCAGCUGCCAAAGCUCAGCUGGCUAACCAGAUAACCCAGGGCCAUUGCUCUAACGUGGCCAUCAACCCAGUAACUUUACCUUCCUCUCUGGACAUCUUAAAAGAGGCACAGCAGCAACAAAAGGUAACAAACAGCACUUUACACAACAACAUCUCUCCCUCCUCCGUUGCUUCUGCUAGGCUUCCCCAUCCUUCCCUUGCAGCAGCUUCUGCUGUUCUCUUUUCCCCUUCACACACUUUGGCCCAGUCCCUGGCGACCUCCUCGCCCCACCUGCCUCCCACAACUGAACACAGCGCGUCACACAGGAAGAGACAGCGACGGUCUCCCACUGUCCUCAGCAUGCUAAGAGACACCCAGCCGCUGGCUAAUGGACUGAGGAAGACUCCGCCAGAGGAAGCCGUUCCUGCUGCAGCGAUCAACCUUUCCUUCACUUCCUGUUCCCUCCCCUCUCCCUCCUCACACUCCUACUCUACCUCAGCCGUUCAGAACCAGAGUGCUGUCACCUUGAAUAAUCAUCAUCAGAACCUCUCUGGGCAGACGCCUCGACUCUCUGCUCCUCGACCAACGGCGCACCUUUCCAGACCUCCUCGACCGAACGAGGCUCUGGAUUUUACUACGCCCUCGUCUCUCAGCUCGGAUCCUCCAACUCAGCCUCUGUCGGCUCUGUUACAUCUGCUCAGUGUGCAGACUGCACAAGCUACUGCGUCCAACUCUAAAACCGCAUUUGUCGAAGGAGGUGGACACACUAGUAAACAGAGCCCCACAGAGUUACCAUCUUCUCCAGCCACUGGUUUUCCUGUCAGUCACCCCGAGACUCAGUCCCCAUGCCGAACAGAUAACACUAAUCCUCUGUCUCUGGUGCAAAAGCCACUUUCUUCCCCUCCCACCUCCACUCAUUUCACAUUGCCAUCUCACUUUCCUCCACAGUCUACAAAACCAUGUCCUCUACUAAGGAGCCCUCCAUGUGCACUGCUGCCAAAGUCAAAUAUAGUUUUUGGCAACAACAGCAGCCCAUCUCAGCAAAGAACCCAAUCUCCCAUUGCUAAAGAUCAACCAGGUCAUAACGGUGUUCCCAUAACAGACUCUGUUUCCCAAACGUCUUCACAAGAAGCCUCACAACAUGAAUCCGAGGCGCUGGAGAGUGGCAGUAACGGCACAUCAUCAUCUGUGGACCUGAGUCAUUCUCAGGGCAGCAUCUUAAUGGGGAUACCCUCUUCCCCGAAGCCUCUUGAUCUUAGUAACAAUGUUUUGACCCUUCUCGAAGCUUCCUCCACUGUGACAAAGGGGGAGGGUGUUUCAUCCCACCAAGCUGCUAACGUUGAACUGUCUUCUCCAGAAAGUUAUAUUGCAGCACCAGAGGAAUCUGAACAUUUGGACCCAACGACUUCAACACUGACGAGCCCUCCAGCACCCACAAGUCCUGCGUUCAGCCUCCCCACACAUCACGAGGAGAAUCACAGUCCUCCCAACUCCUCAACUGUGAGCGAGUCAGCUGCUCCCUUACCUCUGGCAGAGGCCUUCCCCUUCAUGAACCAGGAGCAGCUGCUUCAGCUGCUGUCGUCUACAGGAGGUCUACCAUCUCUCCUGGACCCCGCCGUGCUGGCGUCGUUACCUUUAGGGGGGCUGUGGAUGGGAGGACAACAAGCACCGACACCACAACCACCACAGACACUUGCAGAGCACGAGCAAUUGGAGCAGUCACAUUUAUUGAUACAAGACCCACAUCAGCAGAACCAAGAUCCACACCAGAAGCAACAUCAGCUCAACAACAACACCCUGUUUCCCUUGCUGCCCUUUUUGAGUGGUGCACAGGGGGAGGUACCACUGAACCUCUUGGGUCUGCUAAACCCACUCCCAACAUCAGCCCCCUCUGCUGGACAGGAACCUGAUUUAUCAGAAAAAUCGAGUCUUCAAGCUUUGCUAAUGGCCUCGAUGUUAGUUGGGCAACAGCAUGCCUCUUUGUUACCUCUGUCAGCUCUGGGUCAGUUGAACCAGUUCAGUUUUGAAGUUCCCAUCCAGCAGUCCCAGCAGAUCCCUGCCACGCUGGAGGGCCUCGCUCUGGAUAAGAACUCUGGCCUCUUGGAUCCAUCCACCCUCACCGGCUCAGGGCUCCUGGACAUCCCCCCAGGGUUGCUUCCUCUUACUGCUGGAGCAGAGAACCCCAUUCAAGCCCUGCAGUCUCUGCUCCUUUCUGCUGCUCUUCCUCCUCCUGCAGCCUUCCUGCCCCUCAGCCCCACCUUGCUCACAGCUGCCCUAGGCUCUGCCGAGCUCCACUCUCCUCCCAACACCCAGUUAGCUCCUGCACAUCAAACCCAACAUAGCCAAGCUCAGGUACCUGCUGAUGCUGGUGUUGACACCCUCAUCCCCGUUUCUCUCCAAGGCAAGGACAACCCCAUCCUCCAACACCUACUGCCCACUUUGCUUAACACGUCUAUAUUAGGAGACAUUCCUGGCAUCACCGGCCUCCAUAACUUAGGGAUUGGAGCAGGUUCUAUUCUCUUAUCCCCGGUCCAGGCGUCUGCUUUGGGAAUGCUGCAAGGCCCUGAUGGAGGCAUCAGCUUGCUCAACAACAUACAGCUGAACCUUGCACCAAAUUCAGAUGGAGAGAAACCAGGAUCUUUGCAGGAAAACCAAAGCGCUGCGCCGCAGGAAGAUAUACCUGCCAGUCAAAUUCCUUCUGAAGUACUCUCAAGUCCUGUUCCAGCUCUAGUUUCAUCUCCUGCCCAGCACUCCACCCCACCCCCAAACAGAGGGUCUGAGGGCAGGUCUGUCAUCGAUCCUUACACGUCUUUCAUGGACACCAUUUAUACCUCUUUCCUUCAAGUCAGCGCUAAAGAGCAGGAAGAUGGGGCCCAACUGAGGCCGUCUGACCCUACUUCACCCUUCUGUGCCUUACCGCCGGUUUCUUUCCCUCUGGACCACCAUAACUCGUCCACCACCGUGCCCACCCUUCCCAAGGCAGGUGCCCCGGUCUCCCUGAGCCCACGGCGAGCCUGUUCGCUCCGCAACCCCGACUUGUCACGACUCAGCCUGGAAGCAGCAGCUCAUUCUCCAGCCCAGGGGACACCCAAACCCACAGAGGAUGGGCCUAUUUCCCCCUUACAAAGGAAACCGGUUAUAGAGGGACAUACUCAUCUAGAGCCUCCUUUGACACCCAUAUACUUGGAAGAGGCCAAGACAGACUGUACUGGUCCUGCUGCGGCUGUUUGUCCUUUUCUGGACACUGGUGUGAAUAGGCAGGGACAACGUCCUCAUACAGGAUACCUCAGUCCUAGGGAUGGAUGCAGUGGAAGGCCAAAUAAAGACAAAAGUGAGAUGAUGCUGAACACCGAGCAGGAAAUGGAUCAAGCUGGAGAAGCAGGUGGAGCCAGAAGAGGAAGGAAAAGGAAACAAACGCUACAGAAUGUGUUAGAAGACUUUAGAGACAUGGAUGCUACAACACUAGAUGAAACCAAGGCUACAGUAAGACCCAGAUCCUCCUCUUUGUAACAUACAGAUAUGUUUGUUUUUAUUAAAGUUAUAAUAAUU